GAACUCGAAGAGAGUUGUAAACAUCCGGCGCCGAUCUGUUAGCGUUAGAAAAGGAUUUUGAAUUGCCAGGUUGGAUAUAUGUAAGUUGUUGUAGUCUGCAGUCGUAAUUUAUUUGUUAUUUCUCUUAGAAACAUUAAAGGUCUCAAUGUCUGCUGUAGCAGUAAAAAGUGGUGACAAUCCUGCUAAUGACGACUGGAAGUCAACUCUGAAGCUCCCUGAGAAGGAUAUGCGAAUUAAAACUGCUGAUGUGACUGCUUUAAAAGGUAGCAGCUUCGAAGACUUCUGUCUAAAAAGGGAUAUCCUGAAAGGGAUUUACGAAAAAGGCUGGGAGUACCCUUCCCCCAUUCAGGAAUCAAGUAUACCAAUAGCCCUUACGCAUCGGGACAUUAUGGCGAGAGCUAAAAACGGAACUGGCAAAACAGGUGCUUAUUCGGUUCCUGUGCUGGAAUCUAUCGACACUUCAGUUAAUAAAAUACAAGCUAUUAUACUAGUCCCUACUCGAGAGCUUGCACUGCAGACCAGUCAAAUUUGUAUAGAACUUGCUAAACAUACGGCGAUUAAAGUUAUGCUGGUGAUUGGUGGAACUCUUCUUAAAGACGACUUAAUAAGACUCAGUCAGACAGUUCACAUUUUGAUUGGGACUCCUGGUCGCUUAGUUGACUUACUGAAUCGGGGUCUAAUUGACAUAUCAAGUUGUAAAAUUGUUGUUCUUGAUGAGGCUGACAAACUGCUCUCCGAAGAACUCAAGGGUGGGGUCGAGGAUAUCCUGAAUGGUGUGGACAAAAGUCGACAGGUACUCGUUUACUCAGCGACGUACCCAGUUACAGUCCAGUCAUUUAUGGCAAAGCAUUUGCGCAAUCCUUAUCAAAUUAACCUGAUGGAGACACUUACGUUAAAAGGGAUAACAGAAUACUAUGCCUAUGUCCAAGAAAAGCACAAGGUUCAUUGCUUAAAUACUUUGUUUUCAAAGCUACAGAUCAGUCAAUCCAUAAUCUUCUGUAGCUCAGCUCAGCGAGUUGAACUUCUUGCCAAAAAGAUAACCCAGCUGGGAUAUUCCUGUUAUUAUAUACAUGCCAGGAUGUCUCAGCAGGACCGCAACCGAGUCUUUCACGAUUUUCGCAAUGGCUGUUGCCGCAACCUCGUCUGUACAGAUUUAUUAACUCGUGGGAUUGACAUUCCAACAGUCAAUGUUGUUAUUAACUUCGACUUCCCAAAAUAUUCAGAAACAUAUUUGCACCGUAUUGGCAGGUCUGGACGUUUUGGUCAUUUGGGCAUAGCUAUUAACCUAGUCACAUAUGCUGAUCGGUAGGUCUUCUACAUAAACUCACUCACUUCCUGUAGGUAUGCACUUAAAACAGUGGAGACGGAACUUGUUACCGAGAUCAAACCGAUCCCGAAAGAAAUCGACAAACGGUUGUAUGUGGCCGAGUACCAAAACGAAAAUAGUUUGGAUCCAACAACAAGAGAAGCUCUGUUUAAUGGUCGUGGAUUACCUCCUGAUAGCAAGGAGGAGGUUGUAAACAAUCACUAGUAUAUAUAUGACUUCCCGGUGACUCCUGGCCAUUGGCCUGAGAUGCUCGCCAAAUUAGAAUCCCUGAUUUUUGAGUUUAGGUUAUCUCUAUUAUUUUCUUCGCAGCUUCGAUGGACCCAUUCCCACUCGUGAUAUGCUGUAAAUUUUAAUUUGUCCCCUUCUGUCGUUUUCAGUUUGGGGUUUGUUUUUCAAAUGUUUAUUUUUUUGUUAUUAUAAUUAGCCCUAACCAGAACUCCCUACUCCCUUGUAUUAUACUCCAGAUGUACAGUUGGCUUAUAUGCCCUUUAUACUUUAACUUUCAUGUACAGCUUUUGAGUGGUAACCAUCCUUUGAUAGCUUUACGUUUGUGUACUUUUGCAUUUUGAUCACACCAUCUUACUAAUGAUUCACUCGACGAAUUUGCUCAUCUGUCGCACACGUGUAAUCAAAGCGUGACAAUUUUGACUGUACACCAUCGGGUUUGCUAUGGAAUGCCCCCUGUGGUUGUGUUGGACCCAUGUUGUGGUAAUAAUUGGUGUUUGUUGGGUUCACCAACCACCCAUCCCCCCUUCUGGUAUGUGGUCAGUGAUGUCCUUACUUGCUUGCAAUUUGGUUGUUGUCUUUCAGGAAGCUGACCAUUGGUGCUUUUGUUCAAGUUUAAAAUAAUAAAGGUUCUUGGUAG